AUGCAACUAGCACCACGCACCAAGCAUUACGCUUCAAGCACCACGCACCAAGCACCACGCAGCGAGCACCAGGCACAAAGCACCGCGCACCACUUACAACGCACCAAGCACCAUGCACCCGCAUCAAGCACCACGUAUCAAGCACCACGCAUAACGCACCAAGCACCACGAACCAAGUACCACGCCACAUGCACCACGCACCAAGCACCGCGCACAACGCACCACGCAACAAGCAUCACGCAACAAGCAUCACGCAACAAGCAUCACGCACCAAACACCACGCACCAUGCACCGCGCACCAUGCACCUCCAACCAAGCCACACGCACCAAGCACCACGCCCCAAGCACCACGCACCCAGCCCCAAGCAUCACGCCCCACGCGCCAAGCACUACGCACCAUGCACCCGCAACCACGCAACAUACUCCACGCACCAAUCACCACGCACCAAGCACCACAUACAAAGCACCAGGCACCACGAACCAAGCACCACACACCAAGCACCACGAACAAAAAACCACGCUCCUAGCACCACACACCAAGCACUACGCUCCAAGCCACACGCACAAACACCACGCACCAAGCACCAGCACCACGCACUAAACACCACGCACCAAGCACCACGCACAACGCACCACGAACCAAGCACCACCCACCAAGCAACACACACCAAGCCACACGCACAUGCACCGCGCACAAGGCACCACGCAAAAAGCACUACGCACCAAGCACCAGCACUACGCACCCAACACCGCGCACCACGCACCACGCCCCAAGAACCAAGCACCGCGCACCAAGCACCACCAACCAAGCAACACGCACCAAGCACCCAGCAAAGCACCACGCCCAACGCACCAAGCACCCGCACCACGCACUAUACUCCACGCACCAAGCACUACGCACCAAGCACCACGAACCAAGCACCACCACCAAGCACCAAACAACACUCACAAGCACAACGCACCAAGCACCCAUCACACAGCACCACGAAUCACGCACCAAACACCACGCACCACGAACAAACACCUCGCACCAAGCCACAAGCACCACCCACUAAGCAACACCCACCAAUCACCACGCACCAAGCACCACGGACCACCCACCAAGCAACAAGCACCACGCACCAAGCACCACGAACCUCGCACCACGCAUCAAGCACCACGCAUAAGGCACCAAGCACCACGCACCAAGCACCACGGACCACCCACCAAGCAACAAGCACCACGCACCAAGCACCACAAACCUCGCACCACGCAUCAAGCACCACGCAUAAGGCACCAAGCACCACGCAUACGGCUCCAAGCACCACGCACCAAGUACUACUCCCCAAGCACCACGCACCAAACACCGCGCACCAAGCACCACGCACAACGAACCACGCACAACGCACCAAGAACCUAGCACCGCGCACCAAGCACCAUCAACCAAGCAACACGCACCCAGCAAAGCACUACGCACCGCACUAUACUCCACGCACCAAGCACUACGCACCACGAACCAAGCACCACGCACCACGAACCAGGCACCACACAUUAAGCACUACGCACAAAAAACCAUGUUUAAGCACCACACACCAAGUAACACGCACCAAGCACCACGCACCAACAACACUCACAAGCACCACGCACCAAGCACCCCUCACACAGCACCACUCACCACGAACAAACACCUCGCACCAAGCCACAAGCACCACGCACCACCCACUAAGCAACACGCACCAAUCACCACGGACCACCCACCAAGAAACACGCACCACGCCUCAGCACCCCGCACCAAGCACAACGCACCAAGCACCACGCACCAAGCACCACGAACCGCGCACCACGCAUCAAGCACCACGCAUAAGGCACCAAGCACCACGCACCAAGUACUACACACCAAGCACCGCGCACAACGCAAAAAGCACCAAGCACCACGCACAAAGCACCGCGCACCACGCACAACGAUCUACGCACCAAGCACCCAGACCCAAGCACCACGCAUCACGCACCAAGCAUUACGCACCAACCACUACGCACCAAGCACCACGAACCAAGCACAACGCACCACGAACCAAGCACCACACACCAUGCACCACGCACAAAAAACCACUCUUUAAGCACCACACACCAAGCAACACGCACCAAGCACCACGCCCCAAGCAACACUCACAAGCACCACGCACCAAUCACCCUCACCACGCACCACGAACAAACACCUCGCACCAAGCCACAAGCACCACACACCAAGCAUUACGCUCCAAGCACCACGCACCAAGCAUCUCGCAACAAGCACCACUAACCAAGCACCACGCCCCAAGCAACACGCACCAAGCACCACGUACAAAACACCACGGACCACCCACCAAGCAACACGCCCCAGCACCAAGCACAACGCACCAAGCACCACGCACCAAGCUACACGCACCAUGCUACACGCACCAUGCACACCACACACCAAGCAACACGCACCACGCACCAAGCAACACUCCAACCACACAAGUACCAAGCACUCCUCACCCAGCACCACGCACCACUAAAAACGCACCAAACACCAAGCACCACGAAGAAAGCACCUCGCAACAAGCACCACCCACCAAGCAACACGCACCAAGCACCACACCAAAGCACCGGGCACCAAGCACCGCCCACCAAGCACCACGCACAACGAACUACGCACCAAGCACCACUCACCAAGCACCACGCACAAAGCACCACGCACUAAGCACAAAGCACCACGUACAAAGCACCAGGCACCACGAACCAAGCACCACACACCAAGCACCACGCACAAAGAACCACGCUUUAAGCACCACACACCAAGCAACACGCACCACGCACCAAGCAACACUCACAAGCACCAAGCACACCUCACCCAGCACCACGCACCACGAAAAACACACCAAACACCAAGCACCACGAACAAAGCACCUCGCACCCAGCAACAAGCACCACGCACCACCCACCAAGCAACACGCACCAAGCACCACACACCAAGCAUUACUCUCCAAGCACCACCAACCAAGCACCACGCCCCAAGCAACACGAACCAAUCACCACGCACCAAUCACCACGUACAAAGCACCACGCACCACCCACCAACACCACGCACUAAGCACCAGAGCACCGGGCACCGCGCACGAAGCACAAAGCACCACGCACAACGAACUACGCACCAAGCACCACGAACCAAGCACCACGCGUAACGCACCACGCACGGAGCACCACGCACCAAGCAACAAGCACCACGCACCACCCACCAAGCAACACGCACCACGCCCCUAUCACCAAGCACAACGCACCAAGCACCGCACACCUCUCACAACGCACCAAGCACCACGCAUUAAACACCACGCACAAAGCACCGGGCACCAAGAACCGCGCACCACUCACCAAGCACAACGAACCACGUACCAAGCACCACGAACCAAGCACCACGCACCAAGCACCACCAACAAAGCAACACGCACCAAGCACCACGCCCCAAGCUCCACGCCCCGAACACCACGCACCAAGAACCACGCAACAAGCACCACGCAACAAGCACCACGCACCAAGCACCACCCACCAAGCAACACGCACCAAUCACCACGCACCACGCCCCUAGCACCAAGCACAACGCACCAAGCACCACGCACCAAGCACCGCACACCACUCACAACGCACCAAACACCACGCACCCGCGCCCCACGCACAACGCACCACGCCCCAAGCACCAUGCACAUCGCACCACGCACAUUGCAUCACGCACUCGCACCUCGCAUAUCGCCCCUCGCACCAAGCACAAAGCGACACGCACCACGCACCAAGCAACCCGCAGCACGCACCACGCACAUCGCACCACGCACCUCGCACAUUGCAUCACGCACAUCGCACCUCGCACCACGCACUUCGCACCUCUCAUUCUCACACACACUAGUGUAUGUAGUGAGUAUGUAG